AUGCCACACGUACGGAGUGCAAGUGCUCGCAUUAUGCGCCGGGCGCUGGCUGUUCAAAACGGAUACUGUGUGCAUUCACCUGUUCGUUUGCCUCUGGAAGGUUUGGUGCCACCUACGUGUCUCCCACCACCAGGGCUGGAACGGACGACUGCCGAUUUGGUUCUAGAUUAUCUCUUGUUGCGCGAUCCACCUGUUGUUAGAUACAGUUUGGAGGAGGAGGAGGCUGCCAUUACGACCGUUUCGGGGAAUCUUUCUUGCCGUAUGCUUCAAGCCAAAUAUCCAUGUGCCCCUUCGGCAAAUGCUGGAGUGCUGGCUGCUGAUUCCGUGUUUGAUGUUGGAUUGCAGACUCGGUAUAAUCAUUUGGAGGUGGAGCAAGCUGCCGUUGCGACACUCUCGGACAAUUUUUCUUGCAGUUUGAUGCGGGAGGAGGUUGGUCAGGGAUUCGGAGGCGAUCAGUUCUCUCAGAUGAUGGUGGUUUGCCCACGGGUCUCUUCGGUAGAUAUUGGAGUGCAGGCUUCUUCUAGUAUGGAUGUUGCGGACUCUCAUUGUGAAGUCGGCUGUCAGACAGAGAGUGUCGUUGGGAUGGAGGGAGGAGCUUCCGGAGUUCUUCUUGGGAAAGUGACCGUGGCGGCGGAGGAGGAGCUGGAGGCGCCCUCGAGUGCGGAGUCUUCUCCGAACGUGCAGUCUGAUUCCGAUAGCCGCGCCUUGUCAGGUGCGUCCCAGGGGUGUCUGAAUCGUCCCGUCACGCUCAAUGAGGUAUCGAAUCCUGUACGAGGUCACCGCAAAAGCAGAGGCAAAGGCCAACGAUAUCAUAGCAGCGCCAAGCCGGCCAAGAGCUCUAAAGGCGCCAACAUACGAGGAACUGUUCUUGGGAAAGUGACUGAGGAGGCGGAGGAGGAGUCGGAGGCAGUAUCCGAUGUCACGCUCGUCGUGGCAUCGAACCCUGGCUGCAAGAACGAGGAGGAGGAGAAUGUUCAUAUUGAAGCUGUUGCUCAGAUGGAGCAGGAGGAGGUGGCUCAGGAGGAUUUUCGCCUGUACCUGGAGAAGGCGCUAAAUCUUCGUAUCAGAAAAUACAGAUUUGUACGGACGACUGCUACGGACGACGUCGUGUCAACGGUGCACGUGCCAGAUUUCCUUUCUGAAUUUCGAGCCUGCGAUGAGGACGAACGGGACUGUUGGAUUUGGGAUGCGUUCCAAACCUUCAGGGAUCACGAUUCAAUCGAAGCCGUCUUACAUGACCUUCAGCAGGUUAUGGACAGUGCUGCCCAGCCGUCUGCUCUUGUGAAAGAGGCGAAACACCUCUGUGACAACUUUAUGGAAUUAUGUGAAUUGCAGAGCAGCGGAGAGCUUGAUGGAAUUAUUUGA